CUGAGAGCAGAAACCACUUUUUCAGGGCAAUACCUCGUCCAAUCGCGAAAUUGGCCAUUCUAUCAUCCGUAUGCGAUUAUUGGCACAUUUGUGGCGUCGUUGGUGUUAAUGAUAAUGGCGCCAAUCGCUCUAUACUCCUAUGGCUACAAUAAAUACUUUGUGAAUGUGAUGAACUUCCAAGCGAAGAAUCACAUACGUGCUGGUAGUUCGGCUGGACAAAGUGAUUACAGCGACUACAAAAGACGAAGUUAUACGAGACCACCAAGUCGUGAACUUUGUUGUGAUGGGUAUGCACCCCACACGAUUGCCAUUGUCCUACUAGUAUUAAUUGUCGUCGUGAGGGCACCAACAAUCUACGCUCUCAUGAUUCUCUACCAGCAUGAAGAGAAGCCGCUGCUGCUAACGUGUAUCAUCGUGGAUGUCGUCUAUCUAUUUACAUGGAUAUUGCUCUGGUUGAUGCUAACAUUGAAGAGAGAGUGGUCAUUCAACGUCGCUCAUAAAGUACAUCAGAUGUACGCCCUUCAGAAAGGCUUAGCUACCGGUCACAUCAAAGGAAACGAAAAUCCGUCACAGCUGAAAAAUUCGCUGAUAGUCAUGCAAAGAGAUCAUAUGUUUGUAACCGAUGAUCAAGCAGCUAAACAAUCAUUGCUGCGGCACAUACAACGAGGUCAUUUCGAUACUCCUGAAGAAAUAUACUGGUCAAAAAGUAAUGGCAAUCAGAACAGUCCUAGUACAAGAAAACUACCGUUAAAUGAUAGUGUUAAUAACACACCGGAGACGUCUCGAUUAAUACAACGCCCUAUAGAAGGGACAGCUGCGUAUAAUUCGGUUGUAAGACAUUCACAUGGUCCGUCAUCUCAUUCAGCACAGAUAUCUAUCCGAGCAAAUGGAUCACCUACAGAUAGCAGAGGUCAAAACACUUUUGGCACCUUACAGAGAAGGGAAAACACCACUUACUCGUCUACCUUACAACGAAAUCCCACGUCAGUGCAACGUUCAAUAGCAGCGGGACAAUGGCCAACGCAACAAGAAGCGUACGCGUCAAUUCACAAAGCGAAAGAACACGCCGCACUAUAUCAGCGAAGAGAUAGCGCAGAUAAUUCGCAUUAUGGUAAAGUCGAAAAUAACUACAGUAAUUAUGGCACAUAUUCACGCAUGCCACCACAGUCACGAAUACCAAUACCACCAGGACAACAAAUAAAUACCAUGACUCUCAACAAUGGUGGUUAUUCACAACAACAAACGAACACGCCGUCAGUGAUUUCCACAGUGCGGCAGAGCCCUUUGCUCAGUGAACGGAGUUAUAGUGGACAUAACGGAACGAGCUCCAAUAUAAUGACAACCUCAUCAAGGUAUGAAAUAUGA